AGUAACUAAGGUAAAAUACUCCAGAACAGGGGGCGUGUUUCCUGUUUGCGCACUGUUUCCCUUAGACCGAGGUGUUUUUUAAUUCUCGAUUUGAAAACCUGGGUGUGGUUUUUAAUGAUCAUCUUACAGUCCUAGGUCUUAGUAUCUCUGAAAGCGUGAAUCCAACCGUGACAGAAAAUCUGCACGUCCACCGCGCUUUGUUGACGGGUCAGUGAGUUUCCGCCGGUGAAAGCAGCAGCUGCAGCAACAUGGCUUCAACCUGUUCAGGAUGUGGACCAGGAUAUAAAACACCUCUGGAUGCCAUGAAAGGACCUCGAGAAGAGAUUGUCUACCUGCCAUGCAUUUACCGCAACACAGACAUUCAGAAGCCUGACUAUCUUGCAACUGUUGAUGUCAAUCCACAGUCUCCCAAUUUCUGCAAGGUGAUUCACAGGCUGCCCAUGCCCAAUCUAAAGGAUGAGCUACACCAUACUGGUUGGAAUGCCUGUAGCAGCUGUUAUGAUGAUCCCUCCAAAAGACGCAAUCGUCUCAUUCUGCCUUCCCUGAUCUCUUCCCGCAUCUACGUCGUUGAUGUGGGGACGGAUUGUCGGGCCCCACGGCUUCAUAAGAUAGUCGAGCCCAUAGAUCUGUUCUGGAAAUGUGGCCUUGCCAACCCCCACACUUCUCACUGCUUAGGCAGUGGCCAAAUCAUGAUCAGUGCCAUGGGUGAUCCUCUUGGCAAUGGCAAAGGUGGAUUUGUGUUGUUGGAUGGUGAGACUUUCGAAGUCAUUGGCAACUGGGAGCAGCCAGGUGAAGCAGCUCCGUUCGGUUAUGACUUCUGGUACCAGCCUCGUCACAACGUCAUGAUCAGUACCGAGUGGGGAGCGCCCAAAGCACUGGGACACGGCUUCAACCCUGCAGAUGUCAAAGCUGGUCAUUAUGGACGGCGCAUCCAUGUGUGGGACUGGACCACACACAAGCGGAUUCAGACUCUGGAUCUGGGGGAAGAGGGCGCUAUUCCACUGGAGAUCCGAUUCCUGCAUGACCCUUCUGCAGCUGAAGGAUUCGUGGGCUGUGCUCUUCAGAGCACCGUCUUCCGUUUCUACAAGACUCCGGCAAGGGACUGGGCAGCAGAGAAAGUCAUUCAAAUUCCAAGCAAAAAGGUGAAAGGUUGGGCUCUUCCUGAAAUGCCAGGUCUCAUUACGGAUAUCUUGCUCUCACUGGACGAUCGCUUCCUGUACUUCAGUAACUGGUUGCAUGGUGACAUUCGACAAUAUGACAUCACUGACAGGAGGAAGCCGCGUAUGGUUGGUCAGAUCUUCCUUGGGGGCAGCAUUUUAAAAGACGGACCAGUGAAAGUAUUGGAGGACAAAGAACUGGAUAGACAGCCAGUCCCACGGAUAAUCAAGGGAAAGCGUGUGCAGGGAGGCCCUCAGAUGAUCCAGCUGAGCUUGGAUGGAAAACGUCUGUACGUCACCACCUCUUUAUACAGUGCCUGGGACAAGCAGUUCUACCCUGACCUCGUCAAGGAGGGGUCGGUCAUGAUGCAGAUCGACGUGGACACAGAUAAAGGCGGCCUGAAGCUCAAUGAGAAUUUCCUUGUUGAUUUCGGAGCAGAACCACAUGGUCCUGUACUUGCCCAUGAGAUCAGAUAUCCUGGAGGAGACUGCACUUCUGAUAUCUGGUUGUGAAAAUGUUCCAAGAAGCAGAAUUAUUAUUCCUAUAGUCUCACUGGAGAUACAGUAUAUCAUCAAUAUCAUGAUCAUGUAUGUAUACAUAUAUCUAUGUAUAGACCAAAUCCUUAAUCGUAUUAUGUGUCAGUUAUGUUGUGAAUCAUAUCUUUAAUGCAAAAACAAUUCUUCAUCAUCUUUAUAUGCUUUCUGCAUUUUUUAAAAUAAAUAUUUUGUAUCCCAGUGA